CUUGCUUAUAUUCUUAGGUGGUGUGGACCAAAUUGUCCGGGGCUGAAUUGGAAAUUCGAUCCUACAUUUCUCUUUUUCUUUCUCUACCCUUUGCUUAUCUGUGUAAAGCAGAAGUCAUUUCCGGUUCAAACGCGAUCUUCUAUAUAUACGCGUAGAAGAAUAUCUCUUCUUUGCCCUAAGUUCUAUAUCUCCGCUCAAAUCUCGCCGAUCUUUCACCGAUUACCGCGCAACGCCAUGGCAAAUGCUGCAUCAGGCAUGGCUGUCCAUGAUGACUGCAAACUGAAAUUUUUGGAGUUGAAGGGAAAGAGGACUCACCGGUAUAUAGUAUAUAAAAUUGAAGAAAAACAAAUAGUCGUGGAAAAACUCGGUGAUCCGGGUGAGAGCUAUGACGAAUUCAUUCAGAAUCUGCCUGCUAAUGAAUCCCGUUAUGCAGUUUAUGACUAUGACUUCGUUUCAAAGGAGAAUGUCCCAAAGAGCAGGAUAUUCUUUAUUGCAUGGACCCGAGACAAGCAGAGUAAGGGACAAGAUGGUGUAUGCCAGCUCCAAGGAGAGAUUUAAGAAGGAGUUGGAUGGCAUUCAGGUGGAGCUACAAGCCACAGAUUCAACGGAGGUGGGCCUCGAUAUCUUCAAGGAAAGAGCCCUUAAAUAAAUCAAUGAAACUCUCUACUAGUGCAAGGUUCGAUUUGCUCAUCUCUUUGCGCAUUAUAACUCCCUCCAGGGGAAUGUUUAUAGUUUUGUGUGGGACAGCCUUGCUAAGCUGUGAUACUAUUAUUAAUAUGUUGUUGUCGACUUUACUUUCCGUUAAUCUUAAGGUCUUGUCAUCUUAGACCCCAGUUAUGUACUUUUGAUGUUAUCAUAUCAAGGUUCGGUGUGUUGAACGAAUGAAUGUGUAAUGAAUUUCAUUGGCUUGGUGCCAAUCAACUCAACAAGUUUAUGGGAUUUGUUUUUGUUUUAAAAUAUCUAUAUGUAUUCAUCCAGCUGCUAAUGUUUGCACACUAAUAUGACACACAAACAUAGAUUAUCUUGGAUCAAUGAGACUCGUGUGUUAAAUUUGAUAACACACACAUAUAGAAGUAUGCAUCGGCAAUAAAAAGAAUAGGUUUACACAACUGAACAAGAACGGUGGUAUGUGUACAAAAUAUGACUCUUAUUUUUGUAAAACAUCUCGUAUGAUUAUAAACGUUUAGAUACUCUCGUAAAUAAGCCAUUGUUUCCUGCCUCCACGAAUUGUGAAAACUACCAACAAAUAUGUGCAACCAAUUUGGGUCUUUUGAUUCCUCACGGAUCUCAGUGCGAAUGGAGUGUGUACACACUUUGAGUGAAAUAACAUUCACUUUACUUUUUUGGUAAGCCAAAUGCUAUUUUAUAUUCUAAUUUUGAGUGUAAAUUUGUUAUAUUUAGUUUUUGCGUUGAAUAAAACAUUUAAUCUAGUUUCUAAGCAUACAAAUUAGUAUAUCACUACGGCACACUUAAAAAUGAGAGUGAACUUUAUCAUCAUUUGACCUUGUAAAUCUCUCUUUGCAUCUAAGUUUGGGACGAGGAGAGCAUACACACAUGACACAUGAGGCCAUGAGGUCCAUGAGGGUUGAGCUUGGACUUCAAUUACAACAUGGCUUUUUAGUUAUGAUUAGUCAUGGACCUGGGUCGGGCCCAGCCGGGCUUUUUUUUGGGAAGGAAGAAUCGGAACCGGCCCGGGUAGGCAGCGGUUCCGGGCCGGUUCAUGUUUUUUUUUUAAAUUUCUUUUGCUUUUCUAAUUAACCCCCCCCCCCCCCUUCACCCCCAACCCCCCCCAAAACACCCAGACCAACCCGGGAGAAACCAAAAAAAUUGAAAAAAACAAAAAAAAAAAAAAAAAAAAGAAAUAGGUCGGGCCGGUUCCACUUUUAGGAGGCCCGAGCCCGGCCCGACAAAUUCGGGUUUGGAUGGCCCGGACCGGUCCUAUAAUCGCGUACCGGGCCGGAUUGGGCCCAAACAGUACCGGUUCUGGGUCGGGUUGGGCCCAAACAGUAUCGAUUCCGGACAGGGCGGCCCGACCCGAGUCCAUGACUAGUUAUGAUGAUGUGCCUUUACCUUCAAUAAGUUUGCUUUGCAAUUACGGCCUUCUAAUCCAAUACUCUUGUAUUUUCAUUGGCCUUUUGGUCUGGAUAUUACUAAAAAUAGAAUAAAAGACAAAAAAGUGAUGUUUUUAAAAAUUCCAAAAAUGUGAUCAACAUCACAGUUAACCUCUGCAAUGCAAAGUGACUCCGGCCAAGUGACUACCCACAAGUCCCACCACCACAGUGAUGCCCCACCGCCACACUGACUGCCCAACCGGUCAUAGUGACUGCCCGCUCACAGUGACACUCCGUCUCCGACCAUAGUGACUGCCCGUCCACCGGUCACAGUGACCCCGUCUAGUUACUAACGCCGCCUUGUCCAAUGACUACUGUCACCCCGUCUGGUGACUGGUUGCCGCUGCAACCCCACUCAUGCCUAUCAGAUCAGCCACAGUCCACCAACCCCAUCACAGUGACAGCCCUGAAAUUGUCCGAUGACUGCCGCUGCACCUAUUCAUCAAGUGACCACCGCCUAGUCCCCUCCCCAGCCAAAACCAGAUUUAGUUCUCUCCCUAGCUCGUGCCACUAACCCCCCCUCACCACCCCACCUCGUCCAGAGGGAAAGAGAUCCCAGUGACCCAGUCCCAAACCUCAAUUUUUGUGACCGAGACCUGUCAAUAGUUCCAGAUCCAUUUUUUUGUAAUUUUUUUUUUGAAAACCAAACACAUAAAUUUAUUAAGGAUAAUCACUGUUUAGGAGAUCGACAAUACUAGCCGGAGGCGAAGAUUGCCAACUACAAUCAGACUCGGAAAGGGCUUGCUUAGCUAACACAUGUGCAACCCUAUUCGCCGAUCGUCGAACAAACUGGACAUCUAAACUGACGAAGUGCGUCAUCAUACGUCUAAUAUCAUCAUAAAGAAUAUCAUUAUAUGUUGAACCAUCCUGAGCUAUAAGACCACGAACCACCUGUUGUGCAUCACAUUCGAUUAUAACAUUUUCUCAUCCAGUCUCUCUAGCCCAAAGAAGAGCUUCUCUUAUUGCCAAAGCUUCUGUGAUGCUGGCUGAAAAAGUCCCCACUAACUUCUUGCGUUUGCCAGCUAGAAACAGUCUCUUGUCAUCACGAGCUACCAAGCCUAUACCUCUUUGAAAACCAGUUGAUUGAGUUGCUGCAUCCGUAUUAAUUUUUACUACUCCUUGAACUAGUGGUUGCCAGCGUU